AUGUUUGGUUUGUUCGCUUGCACACGAUGCCUGUCGCCACGCUGUAGCGCUAGCUCCGGCACCUCGCGAGUCCCGAGAUCACACACAGCCAGUGCCCGCGCAACGCCCGCCCCGCGCUCGACCGCCAACCGGCCCGUCCGUCCGCCGGCCAGCCACCCACACGCCCGACGUCCGCCGCGUCACGCGCCUUACCACACUACAUACUUGCGCUAA